AUGGCUCUUGUGCCUAUCUUUGAUGAGCGCAGCGAAGAAUAUUUGCAAUGGAUUUCUGAUUCUACAACCGGUGUCUGUGUCGAUGGGAACACACCUGCCCCGACGCCUGCUCCUACUCCUGCACCCACGCCUGCUCCUACUUCUGCUCCCAAUUCUGACUGUCCUGGCUGUGGACAAGUGAACCGUGCCAACCGCAUUGUUGGUGGAAUAGAGACGGAGGUGAACGAAUAUCCCUGGAUGGUUUCUCUUGUCAACGGAAAUGGAUACUAUCACUUCUGUGGCGGUUCUAUCAUCUCCAGCCAAUGGGUCGUCACUGCAGCUCACUGUGCAGCUGUCAUGAGCACCUCGGAUUAUGUGUUGGUAGGAGACCACAACCUGUACUCAUCAAGUGAUGCCAAUUCUCAGUGGAUGCAGAUUGCUGAGAUUGUGAGUCAUCCGUCCUAUGAUUCUAAUACACUGGACAACGACAUUGCCCUCAUCAGACUCACCACAGAAAUACAGUUCCCAUCUGACAACAAAAUCGCCCCUGUGUGCCUUCCAACUGCUGGUGAAAUGUAUGAUAAUGUGGAUGCCACAAUCACAGGAUGGGGAGCCCAACAGGAGGGAGGAUCCACAUCCGGCACCUUGUUCGAGGUAACAGUGCCCACCAUGACAAACACCGAAUGCAAUAACAAGUAUGGUGGAAGCAUCACUGACAACAUGAUCUGCGCCGGCAUUCCUGAGGGAGGCAAGGACUCUUGUCAGGGAGACUCUGGAGGACCAAUGGUGGUGGAAGAAAACGGCAAGUGGAAGCUGGUGGGAGUUGUGUCAUGGGGAUAUGGCUGUGCUCGACCUGAAAGGCCUGGAGUCUACGCCAGAGUUACACAAUAUUUGCAAUGGAUUUCUGACUCUACAACCGGUGUCUGUGUCGAUGGGAACACACCUGCCCCGACGCCUGCUCCUACUCCUGCACCCACGCCUGCUCCUACUUCUGCUCCCAAUUCUGACUGCCCUGGCUGUGGACAAGUGAACCGUGCCAACCGCAUUGUUGGUGGAGUAGAGACGGAGGUGAACGAAUAUCCCUGGAUGGUUUCUCUUGUCAACGGAAAUGGAUACUAUCACUUCUGUGGCGGUUCUAUCAUCUCCAGCCAAUGGGUCGUCACUGCAGCUCACUGUGCAGCUGUCAUGAGCACCUCGGAUUACGUGUUGGUGGGAGACCACAAUCUGUACUCAUCAAGUGAUGCCAAUUCUCAGUGGAUGCAGAUUGCUGAGAUUGUGAGUCAUCCGUCCUAUGAUUCUAAUACACUGGACAACGACAUUGCCCUCAUCAGACUCACCGCAGAAAUACAGUUCCCAUCUGACAACAAAAUCGCCCCUGUGUGCCUUCCAACAGCUGGUGAAAUGUAUGAUAAUGUGGAUGCCACAAUCACAGGAUGGGGAGCCCAACAGGAGGGUAAGUAUUGA